AUGAAGACACUUGUCCUCCUCUCUGCCCUUGUCCUGCUGGUCUACCUGGAGCAGGCUGAUUCUCUCCCUGAAGGAACUGAGGAGACUAAAAAUGAGGAUCAGCCAGGGGUAGAGGACCAGGAUGUGUCCAUCUCCUUUGGAGGCCCAGAAGGCUCUGCUCUUCAAGAUGCAGCCAGCAGAAGAGUGUUGACUUGCUUCUGUAGAAGAUCCUGCAAAUUUUUUGAACGUGUCAAUGGGAUCUGCAGGCAAGGGUCCAAACGCUCCAGAUUCUGCUGCCGCUGA